CGUUGUGUCAUGUUCUCAGAGGUUUCGAGGCGUCAAUACAAUGGGCAGCAUUAGCAUGGCGCUCGUGAAAAAAGGCGAAAGUGCAUACUUCGGGCGGUUGGAGGCAGACUCGUGAAUUGGUUCGAUGAAUGAUUCCCGUACCGGUUCCUCUCCCAGUUCGGCUCAGAACCUGAACGCCCUCCAGUGAAGCCGCCGUCAACGACCACAACAACAACCCAAAACAUGGAAGAAGGUUGCGGCAGAGUCUCUGAGCGUCCUGAUAAUACAUAUCUGUAGACCAGGCCAUUGACCAGCAAAGUCAAUCCUAGCUAGUCUACUUUACAAUCUAGGAGGUCUCUGCAGAAAAGAUCCCCAAUUUCCAAACCGAACCUUUGCCAUUCCAACGGCCAGAUCAUCCAUCAUGGUCGUCGUCAAUGGAUCCAAGACACGCAGAUCGAGGGCAGUGUCCGAUGCUUCUUCUCCGGGUGCAGACUCGGCCAAGAAAAAGUCUUCCAAAAAGUCCACUCCAGCAGCAAAGUCCAGAGGGGACAAGACGCCUUCAACGAAAAGAUCGGCGGCAUCCAUACCAAAAUCUUCUGCCAAGAAGACUCCACCAAAGUCACUUGGGUUGGAUCCUCCUACAUUUUCCCUUGAAGAAUCUAACGGUACCAGCCGCCACCAUGGAAACAAUGGAGUCUCACUGGAUCCUGACCGCUAUGAACUCUGGAGUAUACGAUUGCCGACAUCAGUCCAAGUGUCUGCCUUGGAUGGUACCCAAAUUUCCAUCCCAAUGGCUCCAGCAGCCUGUGCUACUGGGGCAGGCAUCUUGAAUCCUCCUGAAGAUGGAGACAGUUCAGAUGACGGCAAGCCCUAUUCCUUGAAAAACAAAAAGGGUGAAACUUUCACGCUGCGCUGGGGAAAUCCAGCAGAAACCGAAUCCUUUCGUCUACUUGUUCCGAAUCCAGGAAAUAAUAAUAGAAAGAAAGCACCCGUGGACAGUGAUGAAGAUGACAGUAGUGAUGACAGCGAUGAUGAUGAAGAGGAGAAAAAACAAUCUGCAAAGAAGAAAAAAGAUAACACUUUGAUUCCUGCCAAUGUUCCUUUCCAACGGCACCUAAAGUUGGUAUCAUUUUUGAAAGAAGUGCCUGCCACUCAGCUGGCUCCUGGAAGUGAUCGAGCACCAGCACCCAAUGUGUCGACCACACAAACGGGUGGACCCACUGUCAAACUUCGCAAAGCCUAUGACACUGUGCCACAGAAAACUGGGUUGAAACGGAGAUGGAUACCCAUGGGAGCCAAAGGUGCAGCUCAACUCAUGGAAAAAGAGGCAGAACGGCGAAACAGAGCCUUGUCAGCAUCUUCCAUCUUGUCGGCAUUAUCGGCACAAGCACAGCAGCAAACCCCUUCACCUCCUAAACGAAGAAAGGUUCUGAAGCAAGAAGAAGAUUCUGAACAAGAAGAAGAGAUGAUUGUCGAUGCGCAAGCAAAACCUGCCGCAUCAAAACGCAAACGCGGUAGCAGCGACUCUUCUGCUGACAAGAAAGAAAGCAAAGCUGAACGUAAAGCCGAGCGAGAGAGGAAGCGAGAGGCCAAAAGACUGCGUAAAGAGGCCCGAGAAGCCAAAAAGCAAAAGAAGGAGAUGAAGCUGAAGAAGGAGGAGGAUGAAGAUGAUGACUAAUAACUAGCUACCUAGCAACAAUUCAAGCGCCUGGCUGGUUCAUCAGCCCGUGACAUAGAAACCGGCGCUGUAUAGAAUCACCCACUUCCAGUAGCACGUAUCGUAUCAAGAAAGAGGAUGACCAUAGCAGUACAGCUGGCUAGCUAGCAGCAUCAGCAAUCUCAUACUUGAGCUGGCCUCUU